AUGAAACAAAAAACUGCUUCAUAUUGCAUAUUAGCGGGCACUUAUAGCAUAGUAGGUAUAGCCUUAAUCACAUUUCUUUACUCGAAAGACUUGAAGUCUGUUCAUUAUUAUUGGUGUUGGCUGCUUCUUUGUCCAGCCAUGCUCUGGCUUUGGGUUGUGAGAGCAUGGUCUGCAUUUGAGAUGUUUAGGAAUAUCAAGCGAUGA